AUGAGAACACACUGUGGUGGGUUUGAAGAAGUUGGGAUGACGGCUGUUGACUGCAAGAACUUCAAGAGAGAUCUUAAUCUCUAUAUUGGAAAGCAUGAUGCUGAAAUGGUGGUUCAACGUCUGACUUUAAAAAAGAAGUACAACCCUGAUUUCUCAUGUGAUUAUUUUACAACAGACGAAGGUAAUCUUGGUGGGCUUUUCUGGGCUGACGAAGUUAUGAAACACAACUUCAUUAUGUUUGGGGAUGUUGUGGCAUUUGAUGCUACAUAUCGGUCUAAUAAGUAUGACAUGGUUUUUGUUCCAUUUACGGGCAUUGACAAUCACCAUCGUAAUGUCACACUCGGUGCUGCUUUGUUAGGAUCAGAAACAGCUGAGGCAUACACAUGGUUGUUAAAAGCAUUCAAAAAAGCUUUUGGUGCUGUUCCUCGAGUUGUUGUCACAGACCAAGACUUGGCUAUGAAAAAGGCUAUACGAGACGUUUUUACCACCAGCAGACAUCGGUUAUGUAUGUGGCACAUAAUGAAAAAAUUAGCUGAAAAGGUGGGUGUUACCAUUCGUAGAGACAAGACCUUUAAACGUCGUUUAUGUGACAUCGUAUGGACUGAUUCCAUUGAGCCUAUUUAUUUUGAAAGUAAAUGGAUGGAAAUUAUUAGAGAUUUUAAUUUGACUGGCAACAAAUGGUUGACUGACAUGUAUGCUAUACGAAAUGACUGGAUACCUGCUUAUUACCAUCACGAACACAUGUCUGGGCUCAUGCGAACAACUUCCCAUUCUGAGAGCGAGAAUCAUUUUUUUGGACAAGUUGCAAACAGUAGUCUCACAUUGGUUGAAUUUCUCAGCCAUUUCGAUACGGCUAUCGAAUCCCAAAGAUACACACAUCGUAAGAAUGACCAUUUUACAAGGUACACAACCCCUGAUUGGGUUACUGAUUAUGAUCUUGAGAAGGAAGCUGAGCAAAUUUAUACAAGGAAUAUAUUUAAAGACGUACAAGAGGAGAUUUACAAUGGCAUAAACAAAUGUACCUCAAGGUCUUCUAGCGAAGUUGAUGACUUUAUAAAGUUUGAAAUAAAGGAGUUAGUGGUUGAACGCUCAGGAUUGUAUGAGGUUAUGUUCAGGGAAGAGGAUAUGGAUGUUUUAUGUAGUUGCCACAGGUACGAGCAAUAUGGUCUCCUAUGCAGGCAUAUAUUUUGUGUUUUUUGGCUAUGUCAAGUACAGGUGUUCCCCAAAAACUAUGUGAAGAAGAGAUGGACUAGAGAGGUUGUCACCAGCAAACCGUCUGAAGGCAUAUCGAACAAGAAUAUUGUGAAUAAGGAUGUUGACGCUGUUCAAAGUGUUGUACGUGAGAUCAUGUCUGCAAACGACCACAUUGUGAAUCGCUUGGUAAACAAUAUGGACCAUCUAUCGUUGUAUAGGGAUUAUGUUAAAGAACAAAUGGUAAAGGCGGAUGAAAUUUCUGGUGUUUCCCAACCCGUAUCCAAAAAGGAUAGGGUGGCAACUCUUCUCGGGUUUAAUCAACCUUCAGAAGACACUGUACUGGUUCCAGUUGGGAUUCGAACUAAGGGAUGUGGAUCCAAAAAACGAUUUAAACCUAUCAGUGAGCAAAUCGCCAACAAACCUGCUAGGAAAACAAGGUCAUGCGGAAUAUGCGGUUCGAUAGAGCAUGACAAGCGUACUUGCACUACUUUGGGCAAAGGGAAGCAAAAAGUUUAA